AUGGACUCAGAAGAAAAUGCAGCAGCGGAUGCCUCAGAAGCAAGAGCGACACCUGCCAACGAUGCUGCUGCUACUCCCGCAUCCUCUGGAAAGAAACGUGGACGUCCCCCGAAAGCGAAAUCGGCGCAGCGGUCCGAUCAGUCUACCAAUGUCGUUGAUGAUACUUCGGAAACACCAGUGUUACCCAAGAAACGCGGAAGGAAGUCGUUGGCAGAAUUGGCUAGAGAGGCAGUCAGUGGUUCGGAGUCCGACGAAGAAUAUAGCGAGAAAAAGAGCAAGAAACACAAGAAUAAAUCUGCACCAACGUCCGGAAGUGGCAAGAGACGUGGCCGACCUCCUAAAAACAAGUCAAAGGAUGCUGAAAGCACUCCCGAGGUCAAGAAGGUGUCAUCCGGUAAAAGAGGGAGACCCCCUAAGAAGCGACCGUUGGAGCCGAGUGCUGAACAAGGCACUAUGGACGAGGUAGCAUUGAAUAAUGGAACGCUGAAGGAAAACAACUCAUCGUCGGAGAAGUCUGAUUAUUCUGAAGCGUCUAAAGUAAACCAAUCUAAGGGGACGAAUGAUGCCGGGCAAGUUCUCACUGAGAAGCGCCAUCGAGGGAGACCGCGUAAGUCCGACAAAUCAGAUCCGAGAAAGUGGAACGAGGUGAAUUCGCCACAAACUGGCCGUUACACUGUCCCUCUUCCUGUUCCAGAUAGCUGGCCUCUGGUGUGCAAUAGGGACGAAAUUAUGAAAGAGCUCGCAGAAAUGUAUACAAAUGUGAAAGACGAGAAGCUUGGCGAGUUCCAUAAUCAGAUCAAGGCGUUCGUGUUCGCUCUGCAUUGGGUAAGUAUUGACAAU